AAGCAACCCUGCGCAAUCAGCUGUGCACAAUCCGGUCCGGUCGAGUUCGAAUUCGAGUAGCGCAGCGAUUGCAAGUUAUUUAUUUUUGUGUGCAUUCUUUUGCAGAAAAACUGCAGUCAUCAAAUAUUUGAAAAGAAUUUCCAAUAUUUCAUCACUGCGCAUUAGUUGCUAUUGUGGUUCAGUAUGUCGGAUGAGGAAUCUUUUGUUAUUUUGGGCAGCUGCUCACAACCAAAUUCAAUGGUUUCAAUGAAUGGCAUUGCAACACUACAGGAGGGAGAUAAUAAAAGUCCAAAUCCAACAGCAGCCAACCAACCUAUACUAAAUGAGGGGAAAUUUAACUCCAUAACCACAGCAAUAGCAGCGGCCAGCAAACCCACAGAGGUAUCCGGUAGUAAUUCCGAACAGUUUAUUGGGCAAGGAGUUUGGAAGAGAAGCAUUGACUCGGCCAAAGCAAUGGAAACAUCCACGCAAUCUGGCAGUUACGAUGUAUGGCUAAAGAGUAACCUAGUUUCUAAAGUUAGUGGCGAUCUACAACAAGACGGUAUGAGCGUAAAAGAAAAUCCUAAGACCGGUGCCAUACCCAAGACAAAUGGAGAAGAACAGACGGCCAUAGCAGCGGCCAGCAAACCUACAGACGUAUCCGAGAGAAACUCUGAACAGUUCAUUGGGCAAGGAGUUUGGAAGAGAAGCAUUGACUCGGCCAAAGCAAUGGAAACAUCUACACAACCUGGCAGUUACGAUGUAUUGGAAAGCAUAGUUUCUAAACAUAGUGGCGAUCUACAACAAGACGAUACGAGAGUAAAAGAAAAUCCUAAGACCGUUGCCAUACCCAAGACAAAUGGAGAAGAACAGAAUGAAAAAAGUGAAACCAACACAAAAGAGAGUACAACAAACUCUAUGGCGGUGAGUUAUAUAAUGGGUCAAGUGCCAGCGGAUGCACUAAAGGCAAGUAUCCAUUCACAAUUUCCGAGUAUUUCUUUAGAAGCAUGCGAGGAUCUUACAACAGUUAUGGCUGAUUAUUUAAAAAUGAAAGAUGUGCUCAUACAAGUCAAUAGCAAAAUGAGUUCAUGGCUAGAAAUGAAAAAACAAAUGCAGUCUAACGACAUGGAAAAUCGUCAGAAGUUACAGCAAUGCCAAGAACAAAUAGCUACAUUACGUAAUGAAAACUUGGAGCUCAAACGUGAAUUGGACACAAAAAUCGAACAAAUACAUGCUUAUGAAGCGGUGCGAAAACUGGAACACGAUGAACUCGUAAAGAAGAUAUCCGAAAAAUCGUCAUUGAUCGCAAAUAUGCGUACACAAAUUGAAAAAUUAGAACUACAACAACUUUCAACAUUUGAGAUCGUUUCAAAGUGUGGAAAGAAAGAAGAUUCAGAGAAAUCGGAAUAUGUUACACGGCUGGAGCAUGAAGGUGUAAUUAAAGGUUUUGAGCGAAAUUUGUCACAAUUACUAGCAGAGAAGCUAGAAAUCACCGAUAUGCAAAAACAAUAUAUCGAUGAAAUCAAUUGUCUCCAAGCAAAUUUAGCUGCUUCCGAGUCACAAGUUAAUCAACUGCAAUCGGAUAUAGCUUUGUUGAAAGCCAACGACAAGGAGAAGACCGCACAGUUUGAGAUAUACGCCACACAACGCACGGAAAUGCGCGAAGAACUCGAUGUACUGCGCCAACAGGUGGAUGUCUACAGUCGUGAUUUCCAGUUGGAGCGCACUGCACGCGAAGAAAUGGCUGGCGAAAAGGCACAAUUGCUGGACGAUUUGCGUUCGCUACAACGCAAAAAUCAUGAAUUGAGCGAACUAGUUGGAAGACUUGAGGAACGCGUCACUACAUUAACAAGAGAACGAAGCACUCCCCCAACAGCAGCAACAAGAAAUUAUUAUUUACAGAAUAUCGCUACAACAGCGCAAGCACCAGUUUCAACUGCACCUGCACACAUAUGUCCAAUAUGCUCAAUAACCUGUACAUCGCUAACCAAUUUGCAAGAACACGCUAAUCAGUGUUUGGAUCGGAAUUUGCAUACAUAAAUGUCUAUUAUAUAUAUAUUACAUGUUUUCUGCUUCUGAUAAAACCAUAUCGCAGAAGCGUAUAUAUAUAAAUAUCUAUUAUAUUUCAUUUUUUUUUUCUUCAAACAAAUGUUAACGCAAACACGUAGUAAAUAGCUACUCACACAUA